AAGGAAGGUAGUUCAGUCACAAAGAGUAUCAGUGGAGUGGCAAUAGUUGUGCUGUAAAAAUGCUAAAGAUUACCAUUUUUAUUUCCCUAGCUGUGGCUGCUCUCGGGAAGAAUCUUUCCGAUGGAUUUUUUAAUUUUGACCGGAACAUGGGUCAAGGAAGGAUUGUGGGAGGAAAUACAGCAACUCCUGGGCAAUUUCCCUACAUGGCUUCAUGUCGUUUAACAAAUAAUAUGCACUUCUGCGGCGGUAGUCUAGUCAAUGAUCGAUGGGUAGUGUCGGCGGCUCAUUGUUUUGGUGGACGAGGUCCUAAUGAUGUGAUUGUUGUGCUUGGAGCUCAAUCGAGGAUUACAGGUGGAACAACAUAUACCCUCUCACAGGUCAUCCAGCAUCCACAGUGGAAUACGCAGACCAUUGCCAAUGACGUUGCUGUACUGCAAACAGCAAAUCCUGUAACAUUCACAAAUCUCAUCAGCCCCAUUGAUCUUGGAUCUGCUCAUGUGGGUGGCGGUGUAAAUGGGGUUGUUUCAGGAUGGGGAUUAACUUCCCAUCAGGGUGCACCUGCGGCAGAGCUGCAGUAUCUCUUCACGGAGACAAUAACAAAUGAAGUUUGCAGAAUAAGAUUGGGCGGAAUGGGAGAUUUGGUGUGGGAUCAUAAAAUCUGUGCUGGUGGCAUCCUUGGUAGUGGAACGUGUCAAAUGGACUCUGGAGGACCUCUUGCUGUUGGUAACACCGUUGUGGGCAUCGUUUCUUGGGGUUUAGAAUGCGCUGGUGGAACUCCUGAUGUCUACGACAGGGUAUCCUCACAUAGAGCAUGGAUCAUUAGUCAAUUCUGAUAAGUUUUCGAUUUUGUUGCGAAAAAUACAAAUCUGGUUUUUAAAUCUUCGAUGUUGAGGCCAUACAAUCGUGUUUAGAACCUUCCAGUGGAUUUAAUAAAUCACUUAGUGGAUUCAGGAGGCACAAGAACAUCAAGAACUUCAAUUUUUACAAAAAAAUCCUUCUUGUAUCUUAGAGGAAUCUUUUUUAAAUAAAUUGAGAAAUAUGAUGGAAAAAA